CAAAGGGUGAGCUCACUAGGCACCAGAGCCCUGCUGGAGUAAGUCCUGCUCUGUCGGUGGGCCCUGCACAGCUGGUCUUAUUUGGUGGUGGCAGGCAGUCCUUGCAGCCAAUUGGCCUGGGGCUAAACCCCUCCCUUUCAUGUGCCAACAGCAGUCAAGGCUCAACUACAACAGGAGGGUGCGCACCUGGAGUGCCCAGCUUGGGUGACUGGGGAGGCUGAGCCACUGGAGCCUGCAGGACACCUGCUACCUUAGGCCAUCUCCCAAGCCCAAGAGACGAAGCAGCUCUACCUAAUAACUUUGAAACAAACUCAGGGCGGCUGCCCACUUGAGGAAACAAACAUGACCGAAAGCAAAGAAGAGAACAAAGCUCUGGAAAAAGAACUCAACAAAAUGGAGACCAGAAAUUUACUAGAUGCGGAGUUCAAAGCACUGGUUAUAAGUAUGCUCAAUGAACUUAGGGAGAGUGUAGAUGAACUCAGAGAGAACUUCAUCAGCAUAAAAAAGGACAUGGAAGCAAUGAAAAAGACUCAGAACACAGUGGCCCCUGGUCAGGGCCUGGUGCCCACUGUACAGCCUGGGGCUCCGCCCUCGGAAGACACAAUGGCUCAAGAAGGGGUGAGUGGCCCUUCCCCAGCCCAACUAGGGGCCUUGGCCCUCGGUGGGCAGCAGUUAGCCUCCAACAAACCCAUGGUCUGGAAUGGGGUCCUGGAGUGGCACAAGAAGCCCAAACCCGGCUACGUGGACCCCAGCACCAGGGUGAUGCGGUCCCUGCCUUGCCAGGUCUUUGUGAAGCACAGCGAGAACUUGAAAACAGAGCUGUGGCCCCAGAAGCUGUACAUGCAUCUGUUUCCCCAGCAACUGCUGGCUUCGCUGGGCCCUGUGUUCCGCAACUCCAGGAUGGUCCAGUUCCAUUUCACCGAGAAGGACCUGGAUUGCCACCGAGACCUCUACCGUGUCUUGCGCAACGGUUUCGUGGGCUGCGUGCACUUCCCCCGCACGGCCCCCUGUGAGGUGCGUGUGCUCAUGCUCCAGUACUCGUCCAAGAAGAGGAUCUUUGUGGGUGUCAUCCCCAACGACCAGAAGGCCUUCGUCACCGGCCUCCGUCAGGCCAUCAUUAACUACAAGCAGGUACAGCAGCAGAAGCUGGAGCAGCAGAGCGGGAUGGGGGCGUAGAGGGCACCCAGCCCUGCCCUGCCCUGGGGCCCAUUCUGGAGGACCAGGCCCGGACCUCGAAUCUGCUCCAGCUCUGCCCGAAGCAGCCUGAGCUUCAGGGCACUGUGGGGGCCUCUGAGGGGAGAGCGCAGCCCCAGCCCCAGGGUUCUGUGCAGGCACUGCCUAAGGCCCUCCUGGACCUGUCCUUGGGCCCCAGAACCCUGGGUCAGCCACCAACUAACUGCGGAGCCUCCUCUUCAACCCACUGCAGCCCCAGAUGAGAGUGCCCCACCACAGGCCUCCCUCCCCCAUCUCCGCCACCAGGGGCUUCUGCAUUGCUGCCCCCACUGCACCUGGGCCUGCUCCAUUUGGAGGGAGUCGGGGUGAGUGGGUUCCAGACCCCCCAAGCUCAGUAGCACCUGACCUUGCAGUGGAGCCUGCGGGGAAGCUGUGCAGGGCAGGCCUGGGUGGGUGGCGGGGGCAGGAGCGGGCCACAGCUGGGUGGUUGUACUCGAUUUGUCAAAACUCAGACUUGUAUAGCAAAGAAGGUAAAGCUUACUGUGUGUAAAUUUUAAAAGAAAAAUUUAUGAAGCACUUAAGAAAGGAUCCUGAUGGUGGAAAAGCACUAUCAGGUAGAGAGAACAACCCUUGCAAAGACCUGGGGUGGGAAGUGCUUGUUCUGGGGGGGUCUCCUGUACCCCCACUGGUCUUGGGCCACCAGUCAUUCACUACUGGCCAGGUGUAGGAGCCAUUGCCUGCAGGAGCCUCUGAGCCUGCCCCCCUGGUGGCCUGUAGCACUGAGCCCCCGUUGCUCUGGACUCAAUUGAGGGCACCUGCCCAGACUCUGCAGCGCAGUGAAGAAGCACACGUGCGUUCCAUUGUACCGACGUGAUCAGAGAAGUCUUUGGAAACUGGUGGCACAAGUAUUAGCGGAGUGUGUGCACUGCCCCCUCUGCUCACGUGGUCUGUACCUUCCACAAACAGGCUGGGGGUGCUGGUGGUCACCCCUAUGUGGGGACCCAGCCAGGUACCUCGCAGGCAGUGGUGGUGAUGCACUCAGUGUCUAGACUCCGACCGAGUGGUGCCCCCUUUUUCUCCCUGGCAUCUGUCCCAGCACUUGGGGUCCGAGGGUUCCCUAGUACCAAAAGGACUCUGCCUGUUUUCCCUGCUUCCAGUGCAGGGACAAACCAAAGCCGCGGGGGAUGGCUGCGACCCCUCCACACUGGGUCUCUCUCGGCUGCCAGGCAAGGCCAGGACUGGGAGCUGGGCGUCACUGGCCAGGGUGGGAGCCCAGGCUGGGCUGCCCCUCACGGAACCCUCCCCCUCCUGCUCCUUCCCCCCCUCCCUCUUCUCUGUUUUAAUUUCUUCCUUUCCCCUCCCCUCCUCCCUCUUUCCCUUUUCUUCCUAGUUCCCGCAGUAUAGCUCUUUUAAAUUACUUAAAUUUUUGAGUAGGAAAUAGAUGAACAUAGUUCAGCUGGGUUUGUUUGGUUUUUUUUUGACUAUUUAAAGGUAUACAGUGAAAAGUCUUCAUCCCAGAAAAAUAUCAAAUUCCCAAAUUGAGCAACAUUCUAUAAAAUAACCUGACGUGUCCUUAAAAACUAUCAAGGUUGUCCAAACAAGGAAAGCCUUAGACAGUGUCACAGCGGAGGGAGCCCAGGGCAGCGUGACCACUACGUGUGAUGUGGGUCCUGGAGCACGAAGGGCAUUUGGGGAAAAUAAAUCUGAAUCCGGACUUCAGUCAACAACCUGUCAAAGCUGGUUCAUCAUAACAAAGGUACCACACUCACGGAAGAUGUUGAUACGGGAGCCUGGGGGUGGGCCUGAUGGGAGCUCUUACCUUUGCAAUUUCUCUGUAAGUCUGUUAAAGUAAUAAAGUUUAUUUUAAAAGUCUUCA